AGGCCCUCCCGCUGUUCCUCGACAAGCUCGUGCCGUCCUGGGUCGCCGUGGUGCUGUCGGUGUCCCUCGUGCUUGUGUUCGGCGAGAUCGUGCCCUCCGCGAUCUUCACGGGCAGCAACCAGCUCGAGUACGCCUCCAAGUUCACCGGGAUGGUCAGUUGCUUCCAGCUGGUCCUGUUGCCGAUCUCGUGGCCCAUAGCGCAGGUGCUCGACCGCGUGCUCGGCACGGAACACAAGCAGGAGACCCGCUUCUCCCGGCUGAGGGCGAUGAUAAAGAAUGCGGGCCAGGCUGGCGGCCAAGUGAUGCUGGAGAAGGCUGCAGACGGCCAGGACCUCGGCAUGUUCACCUCCAGCAAGGAGCACAACUUCACGGACGAGAGCAUCGUGGUGUACAGGGGCAAGGGCGUGGAAGGCAAGCUGCAGGACGGCCAGAAGUGCUUCGUGAAGCCGUGCUGCGACAUCCACGGGCGCAACAAGGGCUGCACGUUCAACAUCUAUCCCAGCGAGGACCGGAAGCAGAACACUGAGUUGACCUUCAAAGGGAAGGAGAAGCUCGUCGACGGCUUCUUCGAGUUGCAGGAGCGGGACGAGGCCAAGAUCAUGCGCGGGGUCGCCGAGAUCACGCACAAGGAGGUCACCGACAGCAUGCGGCCCAUGGACAAGGUCGAGAUGCUCGAAUUGCGCGAGUGUUUGGACAAGGAGAAGCUGAAGGAAAUAGACAGGAACGGCCACUCGCGGCUGCCCGUGUACGACAAGAACAUGCACAACAUCAGGGGGUUCAUCCUCGUGAAAAAUUUGAUCAUCUACGACCCAGACGAUAUGCUCGAGGUGGGAACACUGGCGCCGCUGAUGAAGAAGCCCGUGCUCGUGAGACCGGGCAUGAAGCUGCUGGAUCUCCUGAAUCAGUUCCAGGAGGAGAAGACCCACUUCGCCAUCGUGACGGACCAGCCCGAGAGGGUCAAGGAGGCGAAUCUUCGCGGCGUCCCAGUCGUCCAUGGUUGCCCAGGGUGCUCGAUCGACUCGGCCAAGCGUGCCGUUGUCUGCCCUUGGCAUCGGGUUCGGUUCCAGCGCGCAGACUUUCCAAGGGGGGGAAGUCCCUGCUCCAGGGAUGGCGUCUGAUAUUCGAUCGCUUCACCUAUUUCAGCGGUUAAUCCGUUCACGGUGGAGGUCAGCUUUUGCACAUGGAUGGCCAUCGGGAUACGUUCAGUUGCGACCCGCUGGAUUGAUUCACCAGCGAAAUAGAAAGUCGCAGCCAUCGUGCAUGCUUUUGCCCCUUGUUGCCACCACUUUCUUACUACACCGCCUUGCGUCCUACCACCUGUGUGGACCCGUCUCAGAAGCAAUCCUUUUGCAAAUCGUUUCCCGCA